UUGUCUGAGUAACGAUUGCGGGCCACUGGGCUAGUGCGAGCGCCAAGCCACGUUGACACCAAAAGUUCAUUUCUUUUCUUUUCCUCCGGCCCCGUAAGGUACGUGUCACUUAGGCAGCUGUCAGUGACGUGUCGACAGUUAUUUAUCCAACCAAAGAGCACAGAAGCCCCUUCAUCUGAUAAAAUGAGUGUUGGAUUUAUAGGAGCAGGCCAGCUGGCUCAUGCACUGGUCAAAGGUUUCACAGCUGCAGGUGUGAUCGCUACACAUAGGAUCACAGCCAGCUCCCCAGACACUGACCUGCCCACCGUGACUGGCCUCAGGAAAAUGGGAGUGAGCCUGACAACGAGUAAUAAAGAGACGGUCAGCAAGAGCGAUGUGCUCUUUUUGGCUGUCAAGCCACAUAUUAUCCCAUUUGUUUUGGAUGAAAUUGGGCCAGACAUCGAAGACCGUCAUCUGAUUGUCUCUUGUGCCGCAGGUGUCACCAUCAACUCCAUUGAAAAGAAACUGCUUCAGUACCGCGCAGCCCCUAAAGUCAUGAGGUGUAUGACCAACACUCCAGUGGUAGUGCGAGAAGGAGCUACAGUAUAUGCGACUGGCACUCAUGCAGAGUUGGAGGAUGGGAAGUUGCUGGAGCAGCUGAUGGCCAGUGUAGGCUUCUGUACUGAAGUGGAGGAGGACCUCAUUGACGCUGUCACCGGCUUAAGCGGAAGUGGACCUGCCUAUGCAUUCACAGCGCUGGAUGCACUAGCAGAUGGAGGAGUGAAGAUGGGUCUACCCAGGAGACUUGCUGUCAGACUAGGAGCUCAGGCUCUAUUGGGAGCAGCUAAGAUGCUGCUGGACUCUGAGCAGCACCCAGGCCAACUAAAGGACAAUGUGUGCUCACCAGGUGGCGCCACCAUUCAUGCCCUCCACGUCAUGGAGAGUGGGGGCUUCCGCAGUCUUCUGAUCAAUGCGGUGGAGGCCUCUUGUAUUCGGACAAGAGAAUUACAGUUUCUGGCGGAUCAAGAGCGCAUCUCUCCAGCAGCCAUUAAGAAGACCACGCUGGACAAAGUGCUUCAGCAGCCCGGAGUCGCAGGCAGUGGAGUGGGCAAUGGAAACGGAAGAUCAGGGCUCAACCUGUUCAACAAUAAUCGCAGCUCUGGAGUCAAGAAAAAGAACUGAUAGUAAAGAAACAAAAAGACAAACAAACGCAUUUUACAUUACCAAUCUACAGAUGGCCAUGCCUCUUGUAUACCUUCUCAGCCAUGCACCAUGCUCGGCUGACUCAGGUGUCUGGAAUGCCCACACCAAUGAUCAAUAUUUCUGUUACCAAAUUAUUUAUUUCAUUCUACUAUUUUCUACUUAGUGUCUCUCAUAAAGACACGCAUGCAUCUAUGUUGUGCUGCACUUGUAUUGUCUCGUGCACAUCCACAUAGAUGAGUGAGGUCAAAGUAUAUUUUGUCCGUUCAUAGGCACCAUAUCUUUUGUCUGUGCAGUAAUCAGUCAAUAGCAUUUGGGAAUGGGUUGUUAAUUAUGGUUUGGAAAUUGAUUUAUGGAGGAUUUUUACCUGCUUAGGGUCUGAACAGCCUUUAUUAUUAGUAGUAGUAGUAGUAGUAAUAUUAUAUAUCACAUCUUUGUGGACAUUGAAGACGGAUUAUUCUACAACUAUUAAGGCAUUGGUAACCUUUUUUCUCACAAGUGUCCGUCGUAUCACAUGGUCCUGUUCGUUUUGUUAGUAUAAUACAUCCCUGUUGUGAUUGUGCAUUUCCAAAUGUCCCAAUUGUUUUAAAUUAAACCAAAUUUUCUAAUGGCAACCACUUCUGGUUUGGUGUUCCCAUUUCAUGCAACAUUAAACAAAUUGAAGCAAAAA